UUGUUUGAGUACACAGAAGAUGAUGACAAGUGUGCAUGGAUGAUUUUACGUAAUUAACACCUGCUAGAUUUGCAAAAGGCAAUUAUCCCUGUGAAGUGUUUACAUUGAUUUAUGGGAAGAAGGUGGCCCAGGAGAGGGAUGCUGAUAAUAUCAACACAGUGGAUUAAAUGCACAUUUACACCUUUAUUGACAUAUAAAUUAUCCGUGCCAGGAAAAGGCUGCUGAUGGAGCAAUAAUGUGGCACAAACUACUGGGUUUGGAUUCAGCUCUGUCAUCCUUCUGUAAAGCACAAGAAUGGAGACCUUCAUCUGAACUAAAAUAGGAUAUAGAGGCUCACAGAAUGGAUGCUUGUUAAGAUAAUGAUCUGUGAUGGCAAGUGAGAGUUUAGAAGGCUGAUAAAGAAUAUGGACAAGGUUUGAAGGUGUUCUUUUGCCUUUUUUUUUUUCUUUUUUUCUUUUUUUUUUUAAUGAUUUUUAGAUUUUUGUUGUUCAGAGUAUGGAUUUUUAGAGAAAGCCUAAAGAGGCCAGAAGAGUCUUUGUAGCUGGGAAAUGGAACCUGGCUCUGAAUCCAGUCAGCAUCAGAAAAGAAAGCCUGUGACACAUGGACUGGAAGAUCAAAAAAGGAUUUAUACAGAUUGGGCAAAUCACUAUCUAGCAAAAUCUGGCCACAAGAGAUUGAUAAAGGAUUUACAGCAAGAUGUGACUGAUGGAGUAUUACUAGCCGAAAUAAUCCAGGUUGUAGCAAAUGAAAAGAUUGAAGACAUCAAUGGCUGCCCUAAAAAUAGGUCUCAAAUGAUUGAAAACAUAGAUGCAUGCCUGAGUUUCUUGGCUGCUAAGGGAAUUAACAUCCAGGGGCUGUCAGCAGAAGAAAUCAGGAAUGGGAAUCUAAAGGCCAUCUUGGGCCUUUUCUUCAGUUUAUCUCGAUACAAGCAACAGCAACAGCAGCCACAGAAACAGCAAGCACAGCACCAUCCAUCCCAGCAAGCAGGGCCUCCAUCCCAGUGCCAGGUUGGGGUACUGCAGCAGCAGGUCCCAGCAUCACUCCAGACUCUGUGCCAACAGUCCCCACAAGCUGCGCACCAGUUCAAAGCACAACCAGAAAUGCAGUCCAGACUUCCAGGCCCCACCACGAGGGUGUCCGCUGCAGGCAGUGAGGCCAAAGCUCGUGGUUCUAUUAAUGCCAACAGUCGACGCAGCCAGAGCUUUAACAAUUAUGACAAAUCUAAGCCUGGACUUCCCCCUACAACACCAACAAGUAGCAAUGACAAAGAGCCUGCAGACAGUCCGGCUUCCCAGCCCACAGGAAUGAAUGAAAAUGUCUCAUCCUCAGUUCAAAGCUGCAGCAGUACUGUUAGUUGCAAUAACUCAGCCAUCCCUCAGCCCAGCUCUGCUAUUAAACCUUGGCGCAGCAAGUCCCUCAGUGCUAAGCACACAGCUACGUCUUCCAUGUUAUCUGUAAAGCAGCCCACCCCGGAGCCUCCAAAGCCAACCUUGGAAAUUGCCAAAACAACUCCUAACGGUCAGAAAUCUAUGCUUGAAAAAUUAAAACUCUUCAAUAGCAAAGGAGGCUCCAAAGCAGGAGGGACAACGUUUGAGUGUCCAGGGUCUCAGAACAACAGCUGUGAAAGGCUGGAGACACUUCUUAGCUUUGAAGAGAAUGAAGAAAUAGAUGCUGCAAAUCAGAAUGGGAACAACCCGGGAUCUGUGUCCAGUAGUCCCAAAAUUGCACUCAAGGGAAUUGCACAAAGGACUUUUAGCAGGGCACUAACUAAUAAGAAAAGCUCUCCAAAGGGUAAUGAGAAGGAUAAAGAGAAGCAGAAAGAGAAGGAAAAGGAUAAAAGUAAAGAUGUUGCAAAGAGAACAUCUAUCACUGAGAAGCUGGACCUGAAAGAGGAACCAAAAGAAGAACAGACAGCAUUAGCGACAACAGAGAUGCCAAAAAAGUCCUCCAAGAUUGCAAGCUUUAUCCCUAAAGGAGGAAAGCUGAAUAGUGCCAAGAAGGAGGCCUCUGCCCCUUCUCACAGUGGAAUACCAAAACCAGGAAUGAAAACCACCACAGGGAAAUCCUCAAGUGCCCCCGCUCCUACAAAGGAAAGUGAGAGAAGCCGCAGCGGGAAAGCCAGCUCGGGCCUCUCUCAUCAGAAAUCUCAGCUGGACAGCAGGCAUUCCAGCUCCUCAUCCAGCCUCGCCUCUUCCGAAGGAAAAGGCAUUGGAGGCCUCAACAGCAGCAGCCAAGCUGUGAAUGGCGCUGCUGCGAUGACGCACACCACAGGGAGCAAUACUGUGAGUGUUCAGCUACCUCAUCCCCAACAGCAAUACAGCCACCCAAACACUGCUACGGUAGCUCCCUUCAUGUACAGAUCGCAGACAGACAAUGAAGGGAACGUAACAGCCGAGGCCAGCACAGGAGGGGUCGCCAUCGAUUCUGCUCUUUAUGUCAAAACUGGACAGCCUGCUCUCGAAGACCUCUCGGGAGAGGAUCCAGAAACUCGGCGGUUACGAACUGUGAAAAACAUCGCUGAUCUCCGGCAGAACUUAGAGGAAACCAUGUCUAGUUUGAGAGGAACCCAGGUCACUCACAGCACAUUGGAAACUACAUUUGACACCAACGUCACCACUGAAAUCAGCGGCCGCAGCAUCCUCAGCUUGACAGGACGACCGACCCCUUUAUCGUGGAGACUUGGGCAAUCCAGCCCUCGCCUGCAGGCAGGCGAUGCUCCAUCGAUGGGAAACGGGUAUCCUCCACGAGGGAAUGCCAGCCGCUUCAUCAACACGGAAUCAGGACGCUACAUGUAUUCGGCACCGCUGCGGAGGCAGCUGGCAUCUCGCGGCAGCAGUGUCUGCCACGUGGACAUCUCGGACAAGGGAAGUGAUGAAAUUGAUCUGGAAGCCAUUGCCAUGGAUGCCACUGGCUAUAUGAGUGAUGGGGAUGUGCUGGGCAAGAAUAUCAGAGCUGAUGACAUCACAAGUGGGUAUAUGACCGAUGGUGGUCUGGGGCUCUAUACUCGAAGGCUAAACCGGCUGCCUGAUGGCAUGGCUGCGGUGAGGGAGACGAUGCAGCGCAACACUUCACUGGGGCUUGGAGAUGCUGACAGCUGGGAUGACAGCAGCUCUGUCAGCAGUGGGAUCAGUGACACCAUAGAUAACCUCAGCACUGAUGACAUUAACACUAGCUCCUCUAUCAGCUCCUAUGCCAACACGCCUGCCUCCUCCCGCAAAAACUUAGAUGCACAGACUGAUGCAGAAAAGCAUUCCCAGGUUGAGCGGAAUUCCUUAUGGUCCAGUGAUGAAGUCAAGAAAUCAGACGGAGGAUCUGAUAGCGGCAUAAAAAUGGAGCCAGGAUCUAAAUGGAGGCGGAAUCCCUCUGAUGUGUCAGAUGAAUCUGAUAAAAGUACUUCUGGUAGGAAGAACACUGUUAUUUCACAGACGGGCUCCUGGCGACGGGGCAUGUCAGCUCAAGUUGGCAUUACCACACCAAGGACUAAACCUUCAACCACCUCAGGCACAUUAAAGACACCUGGAACAGGGAAAACUGAUGACGCCAAGGUAUCAGAAAAGGGUAGACUAUCUCCUAAAGCUGGACAUGUUAAGCGUUCCCCAUCAGAUGCAGGACGCAGCAGUGGUGAUGAAUCCAAAAAGCUUCCCACAAGUAACACUAGAGCAACUGCUGCUAAUGCUAAUACAUUUGGAUUUAAGAAACAGAGCGGGUCAGCCUUAGGCAUGACUAUAAUCACUGCCAGUGGGGCAACAAUCACCAGUAGAUCAGCUACCCUGGGAAAAAUCCCAAAGUCAUCUGGACUCAUGGGUAGGACCACUGGUCGGAAGACUAGUGUGGAUGGCUCCCAGAACCAGGAUGAUGGCUACUUAGCACUUAGUGCCCGAACUAAUCUUCAGUAUCGUAGUUUACCCCGGCCCAGUAAAUCCAAUAGCAGAAGUGGAGCUGGGAAUAGAUCUAGCACAAGUAGCAUAGACUCCAACAUAAGCAGCAAGUCAGCCGGGUUGCCUGUCCCAAAAAUGAGAGAGCCUGCCAAGGUAAUCCUUGGAAACUCUCUGCCAGGAUUAGUCAAUCAGACUGAUAAAGAGAAAGGGAUUUCGUCUGACAACGAAAGCGUGGCCUCAUGUAAUUCUGUUAAAGUGAAUCCUGCAUCACAGACUGCUUCUAGUGGAGCUCAAAGUACUCACCAGCAAGGAGCCAAGUACCCUGAUGUGGCCUCUCCCACUUUGCGCAGACUUUUUGGUGGCAAGCCUAAUAAACAAGUUCCCAUCACAACAGCUGAAAAUAUGAAAAACUCAGUAGUCAUCUCCAAUCCUCACGCUACUAUGAACCAGCAGGGAAAUCUGGAUUCGCCAUCUGGCAGUGGUAUGCUGAGCAGUGGGGGCAGCAGUCCCCUGUAUAGUAAAAACACAGAUCUGAACCAGUCUCCAUUAGCUUCAAGUCCCAGUUCAGCACAUUCAGCUCCUUCCAACAGUUUAACAUGGGGUACCAACGCAAGUAGCUCUUCUGCUGUUAGCAAGGAUGGCAUUGGAUAUCAGUCUGUCAGCAGUCUUCAUACCAGCUGUGAAUCCAUUGAUAUCUCUCUAAGCAGUGGAGGUGGGCUGAGCCAUAACUCCUCCAGUGGCUUGAUUCCAGCCUCUAAAGAUGAUUCUCUGACUCCCUUUGUCCGAACCAACAGUGUUAAGACCACAUUGUCCGAAAGCCCUCUUUCUUCCCCUGCUGCUAGCCCCAAAUUCUGCCGAAAUACUUUGCCCAGGAGACAGGACAGCGACCCACAUCUUGAUAGGAACACUUUGCCUAAGAAGGGACUCAGGUAUGCUCCGUCCUCCCAGCUCCGUAAUCAAGACGAUGCUAAAGAAUGGCUACGCUCCCAUUCAGCGGGAGGACUUCAGGAUACUGCUGGCAAUUCCCCUUUUUCAUCUGGAUCCAGCGUAACAUCACCCUCUGGAACUAGAUUUAACUUCUCACAGCUCGCAAGCCCAACCACUGCAGCCCAGAUGAGCCUGUCAAAUCCAGCCAUGCUACGGACCCACAGCCUUUCCAAUGCAGAUGGUCCUUAUGACCCCUAUAGCGACACACGCUUCAGGAACAGCUCCAUGUCUCUGGAUGAGAAAAGCAGAACUAUGAGCCGGUCCGGCUCUUUUCGUGAUGGCUUUGAAGAAGUGCAUGGUUCUUCUCUCUCUUUGGUAUCCAGUACCUCAUCUAUUUAUUCAACACCUGAAGAGAAGUGCCAGUCAGAGAUUCGCAAGCUACGAAGAGAGCUGGAUGCAUCCCAAGAAAAAGUGUCAGCUCUGACAACUCAGUUGACUGCCAACGCUCACCUCGUGGCAGCAUUUGAGCAGAGCCUGGGGAACAUGACGAUCAGACUGCAGAGCCUGACAAUGACAGCAGAACAAAAGGACUCAGAACUGAAUGAGUUAAGGAAGACAAUUGAACUACUGAAGAAGCAAAAUGCUGCUGCCCAGGCUGCCAUCAACGGAGUCAUCAACACACCUGAGCUCAACUGCAAAGGACCUGGAGCUGCUCAAGCCACAGACCUGCGGAUCCGCAGACAGCACUCUUCGGAUAGUGUCUCCAGUAUUAACAGUGCUACCAGUCACUCCAGUGUGGGGAGCAACAUUGAGAGUGAUUCAAAGAAAAAGAAGAGGAAGAACUGGUUACGCAGCUCCUUCAAGCAAGCUUUUGGUAAAAAGAAAUCUCCCAAGUCAGCAUCUUCUCAUUCAGAUAUUGAGGAGAUGACUGAUUCUUCGUUACCUUCUUCACCAAAGCUGCCACACCAUAACUCCACUGUUUCAACAUCAUUGCUGAGAGCUUCCCAUUCCAAUUCUCUUAUUUCUGAAUGCACUGACAGUGAGGCUGAAACAGUUAUGCAGUUACGAAAUGAGCUGAGAGAUAAGGAGAUGAAGUUGACUGACAUUCGGCUAGAAGCCCUUAGCUCUGCUCAUCAGCUUGACCAGCUUCGUGAGGCGAUGAACAGAAUGCAGAGUGAGAUUGAAAAACUAAAAGCAGAGAAUGAUCGGCUGAAAUCUGAAAACCAUGGCAGCUGUAGCAGGGCUCAGUCUCAGGUUUCCAUUUCAUCCUCUCCAAGACAUUCAGUGGGUCUCUCUCAACACAGUUUGAACCUCACAGAGUCAACCAGUCUCGACAUGCUGUUAGAUGACACUGGAGAUGGCUCUGCCCGGAAAGAAGGAGGCAGACACGUCAAAAUAGUUGUCAGCUUUCAGGAUGAAAGGAAAUGGAAGGAAGAUUCGAGGCCUCGCACCUUCCUCAUAGGCUGCAUUGGAGUGAGUGGCAAGACCAAAUGGGAUGUUCUGGAUGGGGUUGUACGACGGUUGUUUAAGGAGUAUAUCAUUCAUGUGGAUCCUGUGAGCCAGCUGGGGCUGAAUUCAGACAGUGUUCUGGGCUACAGCAUUGGAGAAAUCAAACGCACUAACAGUGCAGAGACACCUGAGCUUCUGCCCUGUGGUUAUCUAGUUGGAGAAAACAACACUAUUUCAGUUACCAUCAAAGGUAUCUGCGAGAACAGUUUGGAUGGUCUGGUGUUUGAAUCACUGAUCCCAAAGCCUAUACUGCAGCGUUAUGUCUCUCUCCUGAUGGAACACAGACGGAUUAUCUUAUCUGGCCCCAGUGGCACUGGUAAAACAUACCUAGCAAACCGUCUGUCUGAGUAUAUGGUCCUUAGAGAGGGCAGGGAGUUGACUGAUGGCAUUAUUGCAACCUUCAAUGUGGACCAUAAAUCCAGUAAGGAGCUUCGCCAGUACCUGUCCAACCUAGCAGACCAGUGUAACAGUGAAAACAAUGCUGUGGAUAUGCCUCUUGUAAUCAUUUUGGAUAAUUUGCAUCAUGUUAGCUCCCUAGGAGAGAUCUUUAAUGGACUUCUAAACUGCAAGUACCACAAAUGUCCAUAUAUUAUUGGCACAAUGAACCAAGCCACCUCCUCAACACCUAAUCUUCAACUUCACCAUAAUUUCAGAUGGGUGCUAUGUGCUAACCACACUGAGCCAGUCAAAGGCUUUCUGGGCCGUUUCUUGAGAAGAAAACUAAUUGAAAUUGAGAUCAGUGGAAGGAUGAGAAAUACGGAGCUGGUUAAAAUUAUUGACUGGAUUCCCAAGGUCUGGCAACAUCUGAACAAAUUCUUGGAGGCUCACAGCUCCUCCGAUGUUACUAUUGGUCCACGGCUCUUCCUCUCCUGUCCGAUAGAUGUAGAUGGUUCUAGAGUUUGGUUUACUGACUUGUGGAACUACUCCAUCAUCCCCUAUCUUCUGGAGGCAGUUAGAGAAGGGCUGCAGUUGUAUGGGAGGAGAGCACCCUGGGAGGAUCCUGCCAAAUGGGUGAUGGACACUUACCCCUGGGCAGCCACCCCACAGCACCAUGAGUGGCCUCCUCUGCUGCAGCUGCGGCCUGAAGAUGUGGGCUUUGAUGGCUACUCAGUGUCACGGGAAGGCUCAACUAGCAAACAAGUUCCAGUAAGCGAUGCUGAAGGAGAUCCUUUGAUGAACAUGCUAAUGAGACUGCAAGAAGCAGCCAACUACUCAAGUCCUCAGAGUUACGAUAGUGACUCUAACAGCAACAGCCAUCACGAUGACAUCCUUGAUUCAUCUCUGGAGUCAACGUUGUGAUUUUCCUCGGAUAGAAAGAGGUGGUUCCCGUUAUCGCUCUCCCACUUAGCAAGAGUCCUGCUCACAGACUCAAGGACACAUUCCUGGGCUGGGAUCUCAGUGUUAGAGCUGCAAGAACAAGACACUUGGAAUCAGUCUUGAACCUGGGUGCAGGCAACCCAAGCAACCUUUGUAUUCUUUUUUCUUUUGAGAACUGCACUAAUUACUUUGUUUUCUUCUGUUUAGUUGCUGUAAGCUCUCAUACCUAAGAUACUGAAGAUGUUAAAAGUAAUCAUAAUUACUAAAAGUUGAAGGGGCAGGAGGGGGAACUUCACAGCUAUGAAGCAAACAACUUUGUGCCAUGUACUGUCCGGAAGGAGAGGGGAGAGGAAAUAUUUGCCUAUGCUUCUUCUGACCAAACACAUUUAGGUGAGGGCUGGACUUUUACCAACCAGCUUUGUAGAUUAAACUCAGCUUCAUAGAGUUCUGGUGCUAUAACAGUAUCACUUGCCUUGAAAAUAACACUCAAUAAAGGCAAAGCUGCAAAACAGGGAAGUUUGAAUAAAUAUAAAAAAAGAGAAAAGGAAAAAAAAAAAAAAGGAAAAGCGCUGCUCUCCUUGCCAGUCUGAGACCUUGGCUCUCUUUCAUUGUGUGUUUAUAGAUAUAUAUAUAUAUAUAUAGGAAUAUAUAAAAAUAUAUAUACAGUCUGAACAAAUCAGGUUUUUUCCAACACUGUGUAACAAUCAGUCCAACCACAAGUGACAAAUCAGGUAGCCCUUUGCUAGUUAAGGCCUGAUUCUCUUCCAUUUACAUCCACGUAACCGUCUCAGUUGACUUCAGUGGCAUUCGCAGUCCUGGGGUAAAGUUGGACUUGAUGAUCUUAAAAGUCUUUUCCAACCUAGUUGAUUCUGUGAUUCUAUUACACUGAUGUAUUCACACUGAGGUGAGGGAGUUUCCCUCCCCUGUGGAAGUCAGUGCAAAAGGUCCAUGCCCCGUGAAGUCCUACAGCUCUGAAGGACCUUUGGUGAGUCCUGUACACAGAGGUGAGCUACACCCCUGGAAAUUGAUUGAUCGGACUCUCAGUUGUGAAUUCUUGCCAUGAAAUGUUACAGCUGUUUAAUAAAAACUUGAGGUUUUGUUCAGAGGUUUCGUUACAAUCAGCACAAACAUAUAAAUGGGUUAGUUAAAACUCAGCUCUGUAACAGUUCCAGUGCUACUCUGGUGAAAACAUCUGUGAUUUUUCUUUUAAAUUAAAAA